ACAAUGGCAAAUGACAUUGACAUUCAAGACCAUGCGCUUGCGCUCUGUGAUUCAGUUUAUGUUUGUUAUGUAUCUUAUGGUAAACAAAUGUACCGCUUUUCUAAUUCCAAUCGCUUAAAACUUACAAUAAAAUGGAAUAAGUAUCAAUAAACCAUUAGUGAUGUGCAUUUUCAACUGUGUAAAUGAACUUAGAAAAACAUCGGAGAGCUUUGAAAAAUACCACUUGAUUCCGCUAACACACGUUACUUAUUCAAAAUGAGCAGACGUAAAAAGGUUAAAACAGAAGUAAAAGAACUGGAGGAGAAGCCUAAUGCAGGUGAUGAUGAAAAUCUCGAAAAUUCGGAGAAAGCCAAAAACCAAUUACCAGACAAAAAGUUGAGCCCCGGUCCCAGUACUUCCAAAGUUUCAAAAAAGGAAACAAAAAAAGAAGAAACAAAAGUUGACGAUGAUAAGAAAACCGACGACCCCGAAUCGGAAUUAGACGAUCCGAUCAUAAAAGACCUUUUUUCCGGACUCGAAGGGGCUGCUUUCCAAAGCCGCAUGCCCUUCGAUAAACUAACAUCUACGGAGGCCGCUUGUUUUCCAGACAUUGCAAACGCCGCCCUGCAAACGGUUAAAGUUUACCUUAACGUACGCAAUCGAAUCCUCCAAAUGUGGCUGGACAAUCCCAAGCAACAACUUAUUCUGGAGCAAGUCCUCGAGAAAAUGGAACCGCCUUAUAACAGCGAUACUCAACUAGUGAAGAGAAUUCACGCGUUUUUAGAACGAAACGGAUUCAUAAACUUCGGCAUUUUCAAGAGACUCAAACCUAUACCGACAGUAAAGUACGGAAAAGUGAUAGUUAUCGGCGCUGGUAUCGCCGGAUUAGUAGCCGCACAGCAAUUACAACAAUUCGGUUUGGAAGUAAUUGUUUUGGAAGCCAGAGACAGAGUAGGCGGGCGUAUAGCAACCUUUAGAAAAGGCAAUUACAUAGCUGAUGUUGGAGCUAUGGUCGUAACAGGAUUAGGCGGGAAUCCUAUAACAACGAUAAGCAAACAAAUCGACAUGGAAUUACAUCGCAUUAGACAAAAAUGCCCGUUGUAUCAAUCAAACGGAGUGACCGUAGAUAAGGACAAAGACGAAAUGGUCGAAAGAGAAUUUAAUCGCCUACUAGAAGCAACUUCGUAUUUGUCCCAUCAACUGGACUUCAAUUAUGCUGGAAAUAAACCGGUCAGUUUAGGACAAGCUCUCGAAUGGGUGAUCAAAUUACAAGAAAAGCACGUAAAAGAAAAGAAAAUACAACACUUGAAAUCUGUCACUGCUUUACAAGAAAAAUUAAAAACCAACCAACAAAUGCUCGUUAACGUUAAAGACAAAAUGAAGGAUAUUAAAAAAAGAGUCAACGAAAUGGCCGCUAUGGAGAAACGAAACGUUGACGAACAAUUCGCAUACGCCAGCGGAUUGAAAGAUCUAAAGGAUUUAGCGACGCAGUGGGAUCAACUAACGGAGCAAGCCAAAGAAAUCGAAAUUAAACUCGAAGAGUUAGAAAACGCCAAGCCGAGCGACGUUUACCUAUCCUCGAAAGACCGGCAAAUUUUGGACUGGCAUUUCGCGAAUUUGGAAUUCGCCAAUGCUACUCCUUUAUCGACGUUAUCGCUGAAGCACUGGGACCAAGACGAUGACUUCGAAUUUACGGGUAAUCACCUAACAGUACGUAACGGAUAUUCGUGCGUACCAGUAGCUCUAGCCGACGGAUUGGACAUUAAAUUAAACGCAGCAGUGAAGAAGGUAGAAUAUAACAGCGACGGAGUGGAAGUAACGGUGUAUAAUCCAAAAAAUCCGUUAACAACAAACACUUAUCGCGCAGAAGUCGUGCUUUGUACUCUACCAUUAGGGGUGUUAAAAUUGAGUGUAGUUCCUUCAAGCGGUCAGCUCAACACUAUUCAGUUCUCUCCACCUCUACCCGAUUGGAAGACAUCAGCUAUACAGCGAUUAGGAUUCGGAAACUUGAACAAAGUAGUACUGUGUUUCGAACGAAUAUUUUGGAAUCCCCAGGCCAAUCUUUUCGGACACGUCGGUAGUACAACAGCCAGUAGAGGGGAAUUGUUCCUAUUCUGGAACCUGUACAAAGCGCCGGUGUUGUUAGCUUUAGUCGCAGGAGAAGCGGCUGCCAUUAUGGAGAACGUCACUGACGACGUUAUAGUGGGUAGAUGUAUAGCAGUCCUAAGGGGCAUUUUCGGACAAUCCGGCGUGCCACAGCCUAAAGAAACGAUAGUGACGCGUUGGAGGGCCGAUCCGUGGUCUCGAGGUUCGUACAGCUUCGUUGCUGUAGGUAGUUCCGGCAGUGAUUACGAUUUAUUGGCUUCUCCGGUUAUCCCUCCGAACGAACAAGGCGUUUCGGUGACAUCGGGACCGGCUAGAUUAUUUUUUGCUGGCGAGCACACGAUCCGUAACUAUCCUGCUACGGUGCACGGGGCCUUUUUGAGCGGACUAAGAGAAGCGAGUAGAAUUGCCGAUCAAAUCAUUGGAAACCCUUGCAAACCGCAACCGGCGGAAUAAUUUUUUUUUAUAUUUUAUAUUCCAAAUACUAUAGGCAAUAGGAAAUGGAAUUCCUUAGCUUUAAAUAUUUAGAAAAAUUUUUCAAAUUACACAUUGAGGUUAUUAUAAAAUGAUUAUUUUAACUGGUAAACAAAUACAUUGUUGUAUAUCCGUGAGACAAUUUUUAUAUAUUUGGUGAUUACUGAUUAGUACAUAUUUUGUUACGUAAAUGUUACACAUAUGUAUUUGUUUAACGAAUAGCUGGAAAAUAAAAAUAUCCUCAACAAAUUUGUAUUGGGAUAUGGAUCACAAGAUAAACUAUGCUUGCUUUAUGCGUAUUUUACAAUAUUGACAUUUUACUAUCAGUAAAUUUUCCAGAAUUAUGUACAAAAAUAUUAAAUCAACUAUUUCGUUGUUAAAUAAUUAUGCAAUGUAACAAAUCCUACGUUGUUCUUUGUUAACUUUGUAAAGCUAAUGCCACUUAUUGCAAAAGUAAAGUGUUUAAAUUGUUCAAAUGUAAUUCAAGAUGCAAAUGAAUAGCGCAAAAAAUCUUAUAAAAUUCGAAUAUUAGCAGAUAUACAUGACAAAAUUUGUGAUAUUUAAUGUUUAGCUUCUGCAUUAAUAAUGCAUGUUUAAAAAAUUGUAAAUAAAUGAUUAAAU